CGCCCCCCGUCGUCACUCUCACGGGCUCACUCCCUCCUCUCUGCCCUCCCCACCUCAGCUGCUCUGCAGCUUACCUGACCUCACCUCACCGCCGAGGAAGGUUCCGAGUAAAAUAAUGUCAGGGCCCACUACCUGCUGCCGCUUCCCCCAACUCCUCGUCUUGCUCCUCUUCCUCCUCCUCGCCGGCGGGGGCCGAUCCCAGCCCGCCGCCGGCGACCGCGAGACUCUGCUCACCGUCAAGAAGGAUUGGGGCAGCCCCUCUCAGCUCAAGUCCUGGGACCCCGCCGCCGCCCCCGACCACUGCAAUUGGACCGGGGUCGCCUGCGCCACCGGCGGCGGCGGGGUCGUCACGGGGCUGACCCUGUCCCACCUCAACCUCACCGGCUCCGUCCCGGCGUCCGUAUGUUUGCUCAAGAACAUCACCCACCUCGAUCUCUCCUACAACAACCUCACCGGCGCCUUCCCCGCCGCCGCGCUCUAUGCCUGCGCGGAGCUCAGGUUCCUCGACCUCUCCAACAACCAGCUCUCCGGUCCGCUCGCGCGAGACAUCGACGGCCUCUCGCCGGCGAUGGAGCACCUCAACCUCUCCACCAACAGCUUCGCCGGCGAGGUGCCGCCCGCGGUGACGAGGCUCACGGAGCUCAAGUCCCUGCUCCUCGACACCAACCGCUUCACGGGCGCGUACCCAGCGGUCGGGAUAAGCGAGCUCGCCGGGCUCGAGGUCCUCACGCUGGCCUACAACGCGUUCGCGCCGGCCCCCGUGCCCGCGGAGUUCGCCAAGCUCACCAACCUCACCUACCUCUGGAUGGACAAAAUGAACCUCACCGGGGAGAUCCCGGAGGCCUUUUCCAACCUCACGGAGCUCACGGUGUUCUCCUUGGCGUCCAACGCGCUCACCGGCUCGAUCCCGGCGUGGGUGCUGCAGCACGCCAAGCUUCAGAACCUCUACCUGUUCGACAACAGCCUCUCCGGCGAGCUGCCACGCAGCGUCACGGCGGUGAACUUGAUUGAGCUUGACUUGUCCUCGAAUAAGUUCACCGGAGAGAUUCCGGAAGACUUCGGGAAGCUCAAGAACCUCACCUUGCUGUUUCUUUACAAAAACCAGCUCACCGGCACCAUCCCGGCGAGCAUUGGCCUGCUACCGCUGCGAGACGUCAGGUUAUUCAACAACCAUCUCUCCGGUGAGCUCCCGCCAGAGCUCGGCAUGCACUCGCCGCUCGGCAACCUCGAGGUGGGAAACAACAACCUCUCCGGCCCGCUCCGGGAGACGCUCUGCGCCAACGGGAAACUCUAUGACAUCGUCGCCUUCAACAACAGCUUCUCCGGCGAGUUCCCGGCGAAGCUCGGCGACUGCGUGACGAUAAACAACCUCAUGCUCUACAACAACCGCCUGUCCGGCGACUUCCCGGUGAAGAUAUGGUCGUUCCCGAAGCUGACCAUGGUGAUGAUCCAGAACAACAGCUUCACCGGCACUCUGCCGUCAGAGAUAUCCUUCAACAUCUCACGGAUUGAGAUGGGGAACAACAUGUUCUCCGGCUCCUUCCCGGCGUUGGCAAAAGGGCUGAAGGUGUUCCACGCCGAGAACAACCGGCUGGGCGGCGAAUUGCCGUCUGACAUGAGCAAGCUCGGCAACCUAACUGAUUUGUCAGUACCCGGCAACCGGAUCACCGGCUCCAUUCCGGCGUCGAUCAAAUUGCUGCAGAAGCUCAAUACACUCGACCUGAGCGGCAACCGGAUAUCCGGCGUGAUACCGCCGGGGAGCAUUGGGACGCUCCCAUCACUGACGACGCUUGAUUUGUCUGAUAAUUUGCUCACCGGCAGCAUCCCAUCAGACAUAAGCAACCUGAUCAAUUCGCUCAAUCUGUCAUCGAACCAACUCACCGGCGAGGUGCCGGUUCUGCUCCAGAUCGCGGCGUACGACCGCAGCUUCCUCGGCAACCCCGGGCUCUGCGCGAGGGCUGGCUCCGGCACGAACCUCCCGACGUGCCGGGGCGGUGGCAGAGGCGCCCACGACGAGCUGUCCAAGGGCCUGAUCACCCUCUUCGGAAUGCUCGCCGGCAUUGUCCUCGUUGGCAGCAUCGGCAUCGCCUGGCUGCUCUUCCGGCGCCGGAAGGAGAGCCACGAGGUGACGGACUGGAAGAUGAUGGCCUUCACCCAUCUCAACUUCUCCGAGUCCGACGUGCUCAGCAACAUCCGCGAGGAGAACGUGAUCGGCAGCGGCGGGUCCGGGAAGGUGUACCGCAUCCACCUCGGCGCCGCCGGAGGCCGCGACGAGGAGGCCGGCGGCAUGGGAGGCGCCGGCAGGAUGGUGGCCGUCAAGAAGAUAUGGAACUCGAGGAAGGUGGACGAGAAGCUGGACAAGGAGUUCGAGUCGGAGGUGAAGGUGCUGGGCAGCAUCCGGCACAACAACAUCGUGAAGCUGCUCUGCUGCAUCUCCAGCCAGGAAGCCAAGCUGCUGGUCUACGAGUACAUGGAGAACGGCAGCCUCGACCGGUGGCUGCACCACCGGGACCGAGAGGGCGCGCCGGCGCCGCUGGACUGGCCGAUAAGGCUGGCCAUCGCCAUCGACGCCGCCAAGGGGCUCAGUUACAUGCACCACGACUGUGCUCAGUCGAUCGUGCACCGCGACGUCAAGUCCAGCAACAUCCUCCUCGACCCGGACUUCCAGGCCAAGAUCGCCGACUUCGGGCUCGCUCGGAUCCUUGCCAAGUCCGGCGAGCCGGAGUCCGUGUCAGCCAUCGGCGGGACAUUCGGGUACAUGGCUCCAGAGUACGGGUACAGGCCAAAGGUGAACGAGAAGGUGGACGUCUACAGCUUCGGCGUCGUCCUCCUGGAGCUGACGACGGGCAAGGUCGCCAACGACAGCGGCGCCGACAUGUGCCUGGCGGAAUGGGCGUGGCGGCGGUACCAGAAAGGUGCGCCGUUCGACGACAUAGUCGACGAGGCCAUCCGGGAGCCGGCGUAUAUGCAGGACAUCCUGUCGGUGUUCACCAUGGGCGUGAUCUGCACGGGCGAGAACCCGCUGACGAGGCCGUCGAUGAAGGAGGUGCUGCACCAGCUCAUCAGGUGCGAACAGAUUGCCGCGGAGGCGUGCCAGGUGGACUACGACGGCGGCGGCGCGCCGCUCCUCGAGUCGAAGAAGAAAGGCAGCCGGCGACGGAACUUGUCGGACUCCGGCCGGUGGAACGACGACGACGAGGAGGACAGCGGCAACUUCGUGGUGCACGUGGUGUAGUCAGACAAGCGGCGGCUUUACAACUUGCAAGAGCAAUUCAGGUGUGCUGGAGCAUGGAGGCUGCAAGCUCAUCCAUGGUGGAAUUUCGCCUCUGCUAACCAAGUAACCAGGCAGCUGAAGACGCCCGGUCCUCAAUGGCGCAAGGACGAAUAACGAAGUACAGUACAUAUGAAUCAUCGAAGAGGCUGUAAUGUAGCAGCAAAACCAUAAGUCGAUCUCCAAUCACACAAGAACGAAGUUCUUGGGGGUGUUGGAUCGGCACGAAGGGCUUGUUUGGUUCGUGACCACACUUAACAAGUGCCAACAGCUCCGUGUAAUAACACAAAUGUAUCCAUAAAGUAAAGCCAGUUUUGAGCACGAACUGAUAGCUUAGCCAUUGUUUAGUUCACCCCCAACUCCCAAUUUUAGCACUAUGAAAAA